AAUUCAUGUGCGUUCUAUUUUAAAAGAGAAAAACGAUGGCUACACUUCUACAGGUCGGUAUCCUCCUUUUGUUUGGUUGCAAUUCGAUCGCGAAUGGCCAUUUUGUACAAGAAAGAUUACAACAAUUAACUGACGAUUUUAUUGAAAUGAAAAAUGCGUUGAAAGCGAAAGAUACUCGGCUAGAACAACUCGAACAACAACAUGAAAUUUUGGCAAAAGAGGUUGCCCAAUUACAACUGGACCUGCGCAACGAACGAGAAAUUAACUCCAGACUUGCAAAGAAAAACGACAAUGCAAUCGAAACUAAAUCUGUAGCAAGGAGCAGCAUCCCCAGAACGUGCACAGAGGCAAGGCUGACAGACCCAACCCUUACUUCCGGAAUGCACUGGAUCGAUCCUGACGGACAAGGUGUUGGGGACGAUCCCAUUUACGUUUACUGCAACACGACCACAGGAUCGACAUCCAUUCCACACGACAGCGAAGGGCCGAUGAACGUAGGUCACUGCGCUGAUCCUGGAUGUUAUUCCAGAGCCAUCAAAUACGACGCAUCCAGCAGGCAAAUGGCAGCAUUGGCUGAAUUAUCGAAUGAAUGUCACCAAUCGAUUCAAUACGACUGUUACUACGCACCUUUGGAGUUCGAUGGAACCGCUAUUUCUUGGUGGAAUGAUCAAAAUGGAAACCCAAAAUACUUUUGGUCAGGCGGAAAUACCGACAAUCACAUUUGCCAAUGCGGCAUCGAUGGAAAUUGCGUUGAAUCAUCAAUGAUGUGCAACUGUGAUUCUACAGCUCCUGUACAACUAGUCGAUAGCGGAGUUAUAACGGAUAAAACUGUUCUGCCCAUCACGCGCCUUAACUUUGGGCGUACACAACUGGAGAGUUCUUCCGGUGUCUACACUCUAGGCCGGUUGGAAUGCUCUGGACAAGUGGCUGUGAAUGGGAUACCGAAGUCAUGCCAAGAUCUCUGGCGCAUCGGGUACACACUUAGUGGAAUGUAUAACGUAAUGGGAACUACGAUGGUCGAAAGCGUAUACUGCGAUUUCACGAAACUGCCGAACGAUUCAGGCUUCCAAAAAUGGAUGGGCUACGCUGACGUCAAAUCUAUGCCCGUCUAUUUCUACGUUCAGAAAAGCACUACUUUCAAUCAACUGAAUACCCCCGUUCCAUUUGAAGUAGUCCAACUUAAUAUAGGAAAUGCCAUGAACAUAGCAUCAGGAAUUUUCACAGCACCACGAACAGGAACUUAUUUUUUCUCCUUAUCUGGGAUUGCGUAUAUUCCAUCAACUGGGGGAUAUAUUCAUGUGGGAAUAGCAUUGAAUGGUGCUGUAGUGGGAAGAGGGGAAACUUGGGAAACAAAUGACUAUACUGGGAAUGCUGGAUGGGAAACAUACUCCCUUCAGUUAACUUUAAACCUCCAAGCAGGAGAUCUAAUCUCAGUGCAAAUUACAGCCAUAGCAACAGGUGUGUUCCUGCAAGACAGCAGUAGUCAUUUUACCCAUUUUAAUGGUUGGCUCAUGCAGGAAGAAUUGUCCCAGUAAUUAAAAGUAUACUGUGAAAUUAAUGUUGAAUGACUUGUUCAAAUGGUACUUAAAAAUACAACUUAUAAUCCCUAUCUAGUUCUCCUCCAUGGCUCUAUUUUACCAAUUUAAUUAAAAUGUAACAGGAAUUCCCCUUAAACAUUUUUUAUUUGAAGAAUAUUAUUAUAUGGAAUUCGAUUAUUAUCAAUGUAAAACUGCAAUAGACCACUUCUCAAAAUGAAAAUUACCUUUAAUUUUUACCUGUUGAGAUUUAUCACGUGAUGGAGAUCAACUUACUUAACUAACUUGUAAAAUUUCUAACUUGUAAAAGUUGUAACAAAAAAUGUCGUCUGCUAGAAGUUGCGCGAGAUGUAAUCCACGUAAAAUAUUCAUUUUAGCGGAAAA